CCAGUCUCUUUCCCCUGUCUUUGUCUCACACACUCUUUUGUUAGCCAUGCCUAGCCUGCUGGUUCUAGCAGGGAUCAUGGAGAAAAAUGGGGGCUAUGCCGGGGAUCUGGCUGGCUCCGGCUUCGGAGGCGAAGGUCUCCUUGUGCCGCCCGACGAGGAGGAAGACGACUCCCGUGCCCUCAGGGUCGCACUGGGCCAGUUGUCUCUGCUGGGGCUCGGGGAAGGCGAGGACGGCGGCGGAGCCCCAACAACAGGAGUACAGGACCGGAGUAACAAUAACAACAACCACCACAACCACACGAACAACAUCGGAGGUGGCGGGGACACGGCGAUUCUGCAAGGGAAAAGCAAGUUGUGCGCCCUGUAUGAGAGCUCCUCAAGUGAGACGAAAGGACGAGGCUGCAACAUAACAGAAUGCGUCCCAGUGCCCAGCUCUGAACAUGUGGCCGAAAUAGUGGGGAGACAAGGUUGCAAGAUCAAAGCCCUGAGGGCCAAGACCAACACCUACAUCAAAACCCCCGUUAGAGGAGAGGAGCCGGUGUUCUUAAUCACUGGCCGGAAGGAGGAUGUUGCCCUGGCCCGCCGUGAAAUCAUCUCUGCUGCAGAGCACUUCUCCAUGCUCCGAGCAUCCCGCAACAAGCUGGGAGUGUCCUUUAGCGGCUCCCCGCCCACACCUUUGCCAGGUCAGACCACCAUUCAGGUGAGAGUGCCAUACCGUGUCGUGGGUUUGGUAGUGGGGCCUAAAGGCUCCACCAUCAAACGCAUCCAGCAGCAAACCUGCACUUACAUAGUCACUCCCAGUCGGGACCGCGACCCUGUCUUUGAAAUCACAGGGUCGCCGAGCAACGCCGAGCGGGCCCGCGAGGAGAUUGAAGCACACAUCGCCUUCCGAACAGGAGGCCUGCACGACCACAAUAAUGAGAAUGACUGUCUGGGGCCGAAUGGUGGAAGCAGCCCAUCGGGCAGCAGCGGUGGUCUGGAGAGCCGGCUACAGCAGGUGUGGGGGCUGCAGGGGGGCCAACGCAAGCCUCUCACCAGCAGCUACCGCCAGAACUUCUCAGAUGCCAUGGUUGGAGGAGUAGGAGGAGGAGGUGAGGGAGUGGGAAUCUACAAUAAGAGCAACUUCUCCAGCUCCGGAGAGAAGCCUUGCUCUUAUUUUGGAUCAGAGAGUACCCAGAGCUGGGGCGACCCUGACUACCCCAAACAGGUGGCCUUCUACGCCCAGCAGCGGUCCAAGAGCUUUGGAGGCCUCCCACUCCCCCUGACCAGACUCUCCCCUGGCUUAAGCGAGUCCUGCGGAGGUGGAAACAACAACAACAACUCGUCAGUCACCAGCAUUGUGCCCGUAUCCGGCUCACCUCAUGCCCAGGCCCGCCGGGCCCACAGUGAGCCCACCUCAGCCGGCGAGGGUUUCCCAGGCCGUCUGCCAGUGCCGGACUCGCCACCAGCCAUUGUGCGGGACUGCAUGACCUGCUUUGAAAGCAAAGUGACGGCUGCCUUGGUGCCCUGUGGCCAUAACCUCUUCUGCAUGGAGUGUGCCAUCCGAAUCUGUGAGCUCAACCACCCAGAGUGCCCAGUGUGCCACACCCAGGUCACACAGGCCAUCCGAAUAUUCUCUUAAGGAACCACAUCAGUUUUUAUCAUUGGUUUUGUCAGUGUUUGUUCAAUAAUUAUUUACUGUUAUUAUGAUUAUUAUUAUAAUACACAUUUUUGUUUUUCAGAAAAUUUACAAACAAUCAAGCAGAUAUUUUAGAAGGCACUGCUUGCUUUACUAAAAAGUAUAAGAAAUAUUUUUAAGUUUUUCUUUUAUAUAUAUAUAUGCAUAUAUAUUUUAUAAAAGUUUUGUUUAUAAGAGAAGUAUAGUACCUUGCAUUUUCAGUUUUUGACUGCUGCUGUUUUUCAUUCAUGAAUCGCAGUGUAGGCAGAGGUAGACAGUAAUGUGAACAUUUUAUUAUUAAAAAUUUUAUUUUACCAUGAAGUGGGUUUAUAUGGAAGGAAGAAGAUGAUUGUUGAGGUACCCAAUCUGCACCUGACUGACCCAGAAAGUCAAUGUUGUUAUUAGAAGGAGAAAAAACAUAGAAUUGUCAUUGCACCUUACAAUCAUCUUGGCCUAAAAUGGGAUUUCAAUCAUAUUUGAAAUUUCGGGAGCUGAUGUGAAGGUGAAUUCAGCCUUUUCAUUUGUACUGUGAUUGUGGUUUGAUAUAAUUGUUCCAAAACAGAUAUUAAUUUUAGCAAAAUGUUAAUAGAUUGGUCUGAGUCAAAAGACAGCCCCCUUUAUUUCAUUAUUAUACCUUAAAGUCUUAUAAACCAGAUUGAUGUUAAAAAGGAAUAGGACAUUACAUCAUUUAUUUAUGGUAAUUGGUCAAAUUUUAUUGGUAUCAUCAUUCACAGAGAUAGAAAGAUAGAAAGUUGUAUGAAGAUCAGCAAAAUGUUCUUUCCAGUAGCCAUUGAUUACACUUUGGUCACUGCAGUUUGUUGAAAAGAUUCAGUAAUGCUUGCUCCUCGUGUCACUUGAAAAGCAUGUGGUUCCUCGGUUGGCUUAAAGCACUGAUUUAAUUUGUGAGGCCGAAAGCCUUGGAAUUCAUCCAGUUGGCUAGUUCUCGAUAUCUGUCUCCCCAAUGGACUUGUUUCAAAGCCACCUUAACCGCGCUUUAUUGUCUUGUGUGGUCAUUUGGCCACAGUCGCUGAACAAUAUAGGACACAGCAAGAGCUCCAGUCAACAAGCAUUUCUCUGAGGUGCGCACCGUUAAUAAAGAGGAGAAUUAGUACGUGGACAGAAGCCGAGUAAAACUGUAAAAUGUUUCCGGAAUCAGCAGCAGACUCAGACUACAAUAGUUGACAUUGUAAAAAUACAGAGUCCCAAAUCUGUAAUCCUUACUCCACGUCCCCAAUGCUAACAGCAUUAUGUGCGAGCUCCGAGAGGCCAGCUGUCUCCCCUGUAAUUAGCAAAACUGUACAGGAGCAGGUGUUUCAUGGCACACUGUAGCUGUGACCCCGAGUUGGAGGUCUCGCCUAGCCCCCUUUCUUUCUCUCCUUUCUUUGGGAGUGGCUUUUAUGUCUCCCCCUGCUUACAGUUUGAUCGUUUGCUUUCGAAGGCCUUUCUGAGUGGGGCGUAUUGUCUGGGCCCGGUUGCGGCGUGGGCUGCAGAGUGCUCGGACACGGCCUGGAUAUACUCAUUCAUAAUUAGGCAAAUGGGUUGGUCCAGGUGCGGACCGUGUGGGGACUCUGGAGCUGUAUGAGGGGUACGACAGGGUCCCGCAGCGAGCCCCUAUCUGCUCCGCCCCACUGUUACAAGCACAGAGGGGGCAGGAUGGUCUGGAUGCAGCUGGGCGAAUAAGACCCCCUCCUUCCACUCCCUCUUGCCCCUUCCUCCCCCCCUUUUCCUCUCCUUUUCUGCUGCUCUGAGCUAUCCCUACUGGGGAGAGGGGGCCUCUUUUGUCCCAAAACACACACGCACACACACAAAAUUUGAAAGACACUAGCUGAAUUUGGCGGCGCCUGUGAAAUGAGGGGAGGCUUAGGAUAGAAAUAAAUUAUACUCAGUUAUCAGGGGAUACCCCAGUUACCUGUUUUCAGCGGUAAUCUGCUGUAUACUCUUUCCAAAUUAUGAAAAUGUCACCUAUAAAAUAAAGAUUGCGUGAUCUUAACGCUGGGGGAGAAGCAUUAACUCCCCCCUCACUCCCUAACAGCGCCGCCCUGAAAUUUGGAUGGGGUCCUGUUGAGUGACAGAGCCAGUGAAGAUUGUGUCAGCUCGCUACUGUAUGGGACAUCCUGCAGCUGCCCCUUCACUAUGGACACCCAGGCUUCAGCCAAUGGCAGCCCCCCCCUCGCUUUGAGCUUCCAGAAUGAAAUCAGACAAUUGUAAUUGACAGGAAAGCAGAGGAAACGCCCCAUUUAACCAGCACUCAUGCUGAAUCAAAUUACACACCCUCUGCGUCUGCCUUAGCCCCAGCCUGGGGAUUUCAGAGGGCUAGAGGAGAGCGGAUGGGGG